AUGAUUGCCUUAAGUUAUGCGGCACGCAAGUCUUCACAUUUUCCUCUUCACCUCUUCUCAACAGUACGUUAUCUGCUGAGGAACAAUGUGAGUCCAGACCUCUGCAAUGAAGACGGCCUCACCGCCCUGCAUCAGUGUUGUAUCGAUAACUAUGAAGAGAUGGUGAAGAUCCUGCUCGACCAAGGAGCCAGUGUUAACGCUCAAGACAACGAGCUGUGGACGCCACUGCACGCCGCCGCCACCUGUGGCCACGCAGGACUGGUCAAGAUACUUAUUACGCAUGGUGCAGAUCUGCUGGCAGUCAACUCUGACGGGAACAUGCCCUAUGACCUGUGUGAAGACGACCCAACGCUGGACAUUAUUGAGACGGCGAUGGCCAACAGAGGUAUCACCCAGGAGAUGAUCAAUGAGACGCGAGCAUCGACAGAGAGGAGGAUGCUGGAGGACAUUCAGGAACUGUUGAGACUUGGAGAAGAGGUCAACCAGCAGGACUCUCAGGGAGCCACGCUGCUCCACGUCGCAGCAGCAAACGGCUACGUGCAGGCCGCAGAGCUGCUGCUGGAGGGGGGGGGUCGCAUGGACCUGAGAGACUCGGAUGGGUGGCAGCCUCUUCACGCCGCGGCGUGCUGGGGUCAGAUGCAUGUGGCUGAGCUGCUGGUGUCUCACGGAGCCAGUCUCAACGCCAAGACCUUCCUGGAUGAGACACCAAUCGAUCUGUGUGAGGAUGAGGAGUUCAGAGCCAUGCUGCUGGACCUCAAACACAAGCAUGACAUCAUCAUGAAGUCGCAGCUGAAACACAAGACCUCGCUGUGCAGGCGGACGUCCAGCGCAGGCAGCCGUGGAAAAGUGGUGCGGCGGGCGAGUCUGUCGGACAGACACAACUUGUGUCGCAAGGAGUACGAGACGGAGGCCAUCGUGUGGAGGGGAGGACGAGAGGAGCAGGACGAGAAGGAGAAGGAGUGUGAUCAGGAGAAUAAUCAAGUAGUUCAUGUUAAGCCAGUUGUGGCUGUGGAGCUGCCAGACAAGCCCAAGCUGCCUACCAUCCUCAAAGAUGGCAGCAACAAGCACAACGGCCUCAUCUCCACGACGACGUCCGUGCCGCCCCAGCCGCCCCCGAACGGCAACGCGCCGUCCUCCGACAAAGGCGGGACCGUCUCCGCGCAGCCGACCCAAGAGGAAGCCUGGCCGAGGGAGCGAGCGCAGACUCUGUCGGAGCUGAAGAAACAGAGGGCCGCCGCCAAACUGCUGAGCCACCCCUUGUUUAACGGUCACCUAGGCAACGGCUCCACGGACUCCUUUGCCGAUGCCAAAAUCAACACUGAGGACCCGCGCAUGCCGCUGGUCUCGUCCAAUGGCAGUGCUGUUUACUACACGCCAGCCAGCGGCGACCCGCCCCUCCUGAAACUGAAGCAGCCAAUGGAGGAGGAGCAGCCGAAGAUGCGGACCUGCUGCUGUGUGUCGUAGCGCUGUGGUCGCGCGAUGGGUUCGCACGAAGAAGAAGAAGGAAGCAAGGAAUGUGCUGUAGGACACAGGAAAGGAAGAGGGAGUGUUCUUGUCUUUAAGCUGUUCCUCCACCUCUUUCACACUUUGUUCAGAGAAGAUGAACAGCCUGAAGGAGGUUCCGCAGGCGAAGGUUCCCGGUAACCUUCGUCCAAGCGGAGGCGUUCUCGAACGUAGCAGAGAAGGGAAAACGGUCUUUUCCUUCAGGGGACGCUUGGAUUUUUAUGUGUUUUCAUACAAGUCCCGACAACAGCUGUUUGUCUGUCCCUACAAGAAUGAAAGUUUUUUUUUUUUAAAGCUUUUCACUUGGAAAAGAUUAGAAAUCAGGAGAGUCUGUCUCGAGGUACUGCAUGUUCUGCCCUCAGAUGAAGAUGGAGAAGAAGCUUUUUCCGUAGCCUACAAGUGGACGAUCAUGUUGUAUUUAAUUCCUCCGUCACACCGCGAUUCUCUGCUUCUCGGGCCAUUAUUCUCGUCACGUUCAUUAUGUGGAAGAAGAAGAAGAAGAAGAAGAAGACGGCGCCAGAGCUGUGCAGAUUCAGUGUUGUAUUACAAAUGUAGCACAGAGAGAGCUCUUCUCGAGUCUCCUUCAUGUUAAAACUGCUGCCUGCAUAGGUAAAGGGAAGGAACGCCAUAAAACAGUGUUAACAUAUCCAGGAAGUGUGUUUUCUUUUGAUUAAUCAUGAGAGAUAAGAGUAUAGUACUGCACUUGUGUUUAAAACUCACUAUAUUCUGUCAACUACACGUCACCUCCUCGCCCUCCUCCUCAUAUCAAAGCCUAAAACUGACAGUUUUAUACAGAAUCCACUUUGUGUGAAAAUUACUGUACUGUUUUUUUUUCUAUUAUUAUUAUUAUUUAUGAAAAUAAUGUAA